GAUGUGCUCAGAGGUAGGGGUUGUGUUCAAGUUAGAUAGAGCGUUAGCGAGGAUCCUGUCAACAAACUCACGGAGUGUGUUAUAUGACGUUUAGUAAAUGGACAUUUUGUGACACAAGGGUUGUUAGUUCGUUGGAAACGCAUAUUCCCAAGAAAAUAUGUUGUAAAUGCCUAGAAUUGUGAUCACUGGAACCUCCAGCCCAGGCCCUAAUUUAUGUUUUGUGGUGAGGCCAUGACGACUGUGAACAUCACCAGAGAUAUUCUGCAAAGGCAGAUAAGGGACAAGAGAGCGUCAGGCUUCCAGAGGUUCUACCAUGUAACUGAGCCUUUCAUCAAAAGACUUGGUCUGGAGGCUGAGCUUCAGGGCCAUACUGGCUGUGUUAACUGUUUGGAGUGGAAUGAACGAGGAGAUCUUCUGGCCUCUGGCUCAGAUGAUCAACAUGCCAUCAUCUGGGAUCCAUUCAGACACAAAAAGAUUACUACUAUGCACACAGGUCAUGCAGCCAAUAUAUUCUCUGUAAAGUUCCUCCCUCACUCUGGAGACAGAAUCUUGGUAACAGGUGCAGCUGAUACAAAAGUCCAUGUGCAUGACCUCACUGUGAAGGAAACCAUCCAUAUGUUUUCUGAUCACACCAACCGAGUUAAACGCAUUGCCACAGCACCCAUGUGGCCAAACACCUUCUGGAGUGCUGCCGAGGAUGGUAUUAUUAGACAAUAUGACUUGCGGGAGAACAGUAAGCGUUCAGAUGUGCUAAUCGACCUGACCGAGUUUUGUGGUCAGCUAGUUGAAGCCAAGUGUCUAGCUAUUAACCCACAGGACAACAACUACCUUGCAGUGGGAGCCAAUGGUCCCUUUGUACGCCUUUAUGACAUCAGGAUGAUUCACAACUACAGGAAAUCUAUGAGUCAGGGCACAUCGGCAGCUGUGCACACAUUCUGCGAAGGGCAGAAACCUAUCCCAGAUGGAGCUGGGCAGUAUUAUGUUGCAGGACACCUGCCAGUGAAACUCCCGGACUACAAUAAUCGCCUGAGGGUCCUUGUGGCCACCUACGUCACCUUUAGUCCAGAUGGCACAGAGCUGCUUGUUAACAUGGGUGGCGAACAGGUAUAUCUGUUUGACUUGACAUUUAAACAGAGGCCAUACACCUUUUUGCUUCCACAAAAGUCACCAACAGGAGAUGUGCAGAAUGGAAAGACGACUAAUGGUGUCUCAAAUGGAAUUCACUUGCCCAACAGCCAUAUUCGCUUUGCUGGAACAAAAAUGUACUCAAGUUCUACAGAGCUCCCUCCUCACUUGGAGAAGAUAAAACAACAAGCUAAUGAUGCAUUUGCUCGGCAGCAAUGGACACAGGCCAUCCAGCUUUACAGCUUAGGGAUUCACCAGGCCAGCUGCAAUGCCAUGCUGUAUGGGAACCGGGCUGCAGCCUACAUGAAACGCAAAUGGGAUGGAGACCAUUAUGAUGCUCUCAGGGACUGUCUGAAGGCUCUGACUCUGAACCCCAGCCAUUUGAAGGCACAUUUCAGACUGGCACGGUGUUUGUUUGAGCUGAAAUACGUGCCAGAGGCUCUGGAGUGUCUGGAUGAUUUUAAAGGAAAGUUUCCAGAGCAGGCACUGAGUAGCGCCUGUGAUGCCUUAGAUAAAGACAUAAAGGCUGCUCUCUUCACCAAAACAGAAUCAGGUAUGAAAGAAGAUAAGAAGUCCAACAGCUCCAUUCGGUUCCACUCAUUCAGUCAGAAGGAGUCCAUCCCUGAAGAUGAAAUAGUGCUGAGAGAGCGCAGCUUUGACUACAAGCACAGAUACUGCGGUCACUGCAACACUACAACUGACAUCAAGGAGGCCAACUUCUUUGGAAGCAAGGGCCAGUACAUUGUCAGUGGCUCAGACGAUGGCUCCUUCUUUAUCUGGGAAAAAGAGACGACUAAUCUGGUGAGGAUCCUGCAGGGGGAUGAGUCCAUAGUUAACUGCCUGCAGCCCCACCCCAGCUACUGCUUUCUUGCCACUAGUGGUAUUGACCCUGUGGUUCGAUUAUGGAACCCCAGACCAGAGACAGAUAAGGAGAAUGGACGCGUAGUGGAGGACAUGGACGGUGCUGCACAGGCGAACCAGCGGCGAAUGAACGCUGACCCGCUGGAGGUUAUGCUGCUCAACAUGGGCUAUCGCAUCACGGGCCUACGCGGUGUUGGCCCAGAUGGGUCGGAUGACGAAGACAGCUCAGAGGGACAAGUACAGUGUCGGCCAAGCUAAGCGCACUGUCAGCCAUCCCAUAGGACGGAUGUAGGAAGCAAAGCGCUCUUCCAGCUUCUGCGUGAAUCUUAAUUUUCCCUUUCUGUCUGACAGAAACUUUGAGUGAAUGUCGUGUCACAUCUCUGCACUAUGCAUCACACUCCCCUGUCCUUAGAGAGGACUGGUGGAGGCCACUCUGGGGAGAAGAGUUCACAGAGGGUGGAGAUACCCAGCUUUCCACCUGUCAAAGCACCGACACCUCAGCAUCUCUCCCUCCACUCUGUUGGCAGGGAGGCACCUUUGAAGAGAGCACCUUCCAUGUCACUCCCUGAUUUCUCGCACAGAAAGAGGAGUGCAGCACUUAUCCCUCCUCAGGUUUAUGUUGGAGAGACACAUGACACGUAGAAGGAGACGCAUGCGGUUUGGCUACCUAUUUUCAGGUCGGUGUGGCCGCACAGUCAUAGUGUCCUCCAUAGAGGAUCGGAUCGCAGACCACAAGACGGUGCCUUGUUGCAUCCUGUCUGCUCUACAGUUGGAGCUAUGAGUCACAGUGCCCGCUCAUCUCAGCAAGGCUGCACGCCCAAGUCACGGAUUCAAGUUUGACUUGAUGCUAUUUUCAGUUUAGAGGACACGGGAAGCCUAGAAGUAGUUGUCACUCACCAGGUUUUAAAAUUGAAGGUGUUGCUCUAAUGUCAUGUAUUUAUAAGCUUUGUUUAGUUUAUAACUGUCAGACCAGGCAAAUUGUUUCUUCGCCAAAGGUUAUCAUGCCUCAUUUCAGCAGCCAAGGAUUAACGUUUAGCAUUAACGUUUAGUUUGGCAUACAGUCCUUUCUUUUAGUUAGAGUUUUUUUUUUUUCCAAAAACUAUCAACACCCCAUUAGGAGGAUCAAUGAGAUACGGGAAAAGAGUAUUUGUUAAAAAAUACUUUUCUAAAAAACUUUUGUUUUAAUGUAAGUCCCAUCAAUUCCAAGUGUUAUUUGACAUAAAGAGUAUGUGUGAAGCGUGUUGGUUGUAAGUGGCUCACAGAUGUUAAUUUGUGGUAUUUGCUAACUGGGUGUUAUUUGGUGGCAAUAGGGUUGGUUCCUGUCUACUAGAUGCAUGGAUCUAGCACUAGUCCUCUGCUGCAUUCAGGUGUUCAGUCCUGUUUGCAAAAGGACACAGAGCCAUCCAUCUGUUGCUCAGAGGACUGCUCAUGGAGUCUUCUUUGCCUACAGAAGGGGUGAAGGUUAAAAAACAAAAUGCAACACUAGGCUUCCAUGUGUUUCCAUCCUUAAUGAAUUUGAGAUACUACUUUUCUUUAAGGAGUUGUGUAAUUAGCUUUGUUGCGACCAAGUAAAAAGAAUAAAAUAACAGAACACCUUGUUAUGGA